AUGUGUGAGAUAUUAUCAUUAAUUAAAGAUAUUCCCAAAAUUAAAUUAAAGUCAAAAAGAUAUCCUCAUAAAUGUUCAAAAGAAAGUCAUAAUCGAAAACAUAAACAGGAGAAAAAUGAAGAGCAUCACACUACGAAAGACGAGGAACAAAUACAACAACACUAUCUCCCAUCUUUCAAAUUAUUAAUUGAACAUUUAUUUAAAAAGGGAAAUUGUGAAAAUGAUAUAAAUUAUCCAAUAUUAAUUAUAUUAAAAUUUGAUACCACCACUACGAGUAAAUUUGAUUCGUUAGAAUCACUUUCAUAUAAAGAUAAAUUAGUAUUAUUAGAUUUCUUCUUUGGUCAUUUAAAUAUUAUAAUAAUACCUCACAAUCAUAAAGAUUUUAAAAGUUUAGAAAAACAAUUAGAUUCAAUUAUUAUACAAAUUUAUAAUAGAAUUUCAAGAAUUGGUAUAUGGACUGGUAUAACAACAAUUGAUGAUGAUUGUGAUGUUGAUAAGAGAAUUCCAACAAUGAACAAAUUAUUAACUAAAAAUGUCUCAAGAUCUCCUCAAUGUACAAGAAAUUUAAUAAAAUUGAAAAAUUUAGUAUUGUCAGAAAUUGAAUUUUUGAAAUUAUUAUCAAAUCAUGAGUCAAAGCAUUUAUCAAAAUUGUGUCAUGCAGUUGGUAAUUGGUCAUUUCCUGCUCAUGAAUUAAGUAAUGAUGAUUUAGUUUAUUGUGUGUACUUAAUGUUAAAUUACUCAAUACAGGAAGUUAAAAAUGCUAAAGAAAAAGAACAGUCAUAUGCUGAUAAAUUACAUUUACCAAAUACAAAUGAAUUGUUAGCUUUUGUUUUUAUAGUAAGAGAUACUUAUAGAUCAGGGAAUCCUUUCCAUAAUUUUCGACAUGCAGUUGAUGUAUUACAAGCUUGUUUCCAUUUUGUUAUAAGGUUAGGUUGUUUGCCACAUUUUAAACAAUUUAUUAUAGAUCCCUUACAAUCAGAAGUAGAGGUAAUAAUAGAAGAAAAUGAAUCAAUUGAAUUAACAUCUACAGCUUCAUUAUAUAAUUCAUCAUCAACAACUUCCUUAGCAUCAGAAGCUUCUUCAGAAUCUUCUGUAACCUUAAAACAACCACAGAAACCACACUUAAAUCAAAUACAAACAUUGGCGUUGUUAGUUGCAGCAUUAGGUCAUGAUGUUGGACAUCCAGGAACAACAAAUGCUUUCAUGAUCAAGAAUAAAGCACCAACUUCUUUAAUAUAUAAUGAUAGAUCAGUAUUGGAGUCAUAUCAUGCAUCUAUUUUUGUAAAUAAAGUUUUAAAGAUUUUGUGGCCAUCAUUAUUAGCAACACCAAUUGAUAAAGAAAGUUUAUUAAAUAUCAAUGACUUGAUAAUAUCAUCAAUUUUGGCGACAGAUAUGGGAGAACAUUUUGAAUAUAUCUCGAAACUAAAAAAUUUUAACACAGUAAACACAUUUGGACUAAAUGAAAUUACAAAUAAAGAUAAUCAAAUUAAAUUGAUAUUGGCGUUACUAAUAAAAUGUGCAGAUAUUUCAAAUGUAACGAGACCAUUAAGAAUAUCAUCGCAAUGGGCAAUUGUAUUACAAAGAGAAUUCGAUGAAAUAAAUAAACUAGAUACUUAUUUGAAUGAUGAAAUGAAUUUAACUUCGAAAUGUUGUAUAAUAGAAGAAACUGAAAUAUCUUAUCCAAAAUUACCAUACAAAUUAGAAGAUAUUUUGGGUAACAACAAAGAGUUAAUAUCAAAAGGUCAAAUGUUUUUCAUAGGUACUUUUGCUGAAAAUUUAUUUAAUAAUAUUAGUCAAGUUUAUCCAAAUUUAGCAUUUACUUGUGAAGUUAUACAUGAAAAUAAAAAAUUUUGGCAAAAUGAAAAAUAA